AUGAGGAAACCUUGUCUGAGUGGUCCAAAUCCUCCUACAGUCCUUGGAAAGACACGGCGCCCUCGUACGGCCUUCACAAGUCAACAACUCCUCGAACUUGAGCAACAGUUUCGGAAGAAUAAAUAUCUGUCAAGACCUAAGCGAUUCGAAGUGGCUACAUCCCUUAUGUUGACAGAAACUCAGGUCAAGAUUUGGUUCCAGAACCGCAGGAUGAAAUGGAAGCGAAGCAAGAAGGCUAAGGACCAGCCACAACAAGACCGUAACGCCGUCAAAGACACAACCGAUUCACUCCCGAAGUCAUCCGAACUGUCUACAAUAAAAGCCGAACCAUCUCCGACAGACAUUGAUUCGAACGUUUUGCUUAAAAGUGAUCGCUUACACGACAUUGACAGAGAGGAAUUAGAAUACGAUGAUGAAGAUGAUCUUGGGAUGGGAGAUGCUGACGAAGACGACGAAGAUGACGACCUGGGCAAUGACAUGAAAAUAGCGGGGAUGUGUGAACCUCGAGAAUUGUCGAAUAAUGUGUUUGCGUCAGACCAUAUGACGUCAUCGCCACCGAGACUUGUCAACAGUCAUUUGCUAGAAAUAGUUCGUUAAUACAUGGAACACUUCAAUGUUUACAAGCAAAAAAAAUGGAGCUAGAAGAAAUAUGACAUUAAUUGUUUAUAUUUAAAGACUCUGACGUCUGAAGUGUAUGAACUGACAAUUAAGGCCCUUCUGUCAUCUAUAUUCAUUUUUAUGGAGUAAACCCCAAAAGGAUCAUUUGCCGAUGUUGUUACUGAAAGCAACUACGAAGAUCAGAAUUUAGAAUUUAAUUGUUGGUUCUCCGUACAACUUUUUAAAUGUGUAUCUAGAACUCAACUAUUCAUCUUGGCAUACUGUAGGAAAGGUGGUAAAAGUAACGUAUCUCCCCCCGUCUUUCCCAUUGCAUUCUUGCCUUUCUCUCUUUCUUAAUUUUUUUCUUUCUUAUUAAUAUUAUUUCGCUUUCUCAUUGUUCAUUCAUGUUCAUUGCGAUAAAUGCUUUCCUUAUUCCGGUAGACAAACAAUAUGUUAUUGAAAUAUAAAUGGAAAUAUAAUAGAAAAAAUAAAAAUGACAUGAUUUGGAUUAUAUAUCCACUUUGAUUCCCACUGAAUCGAACUUGAUUGGUAAAGUUAAGUCAAUUUGAAACUGCUCUCAUGAAUGGACGUUUAUAAAAGAAUUAACAUUACAAUUUUUUUUAAUUGAGUUUUAAAUCGUGGAGGUGCCAUCCCUUUUUAAAUCUGCAUCGUAUUUUAGUUUCCACGUGUUAUGAUUUGUUUACAAAACAAUUGAAAUGUUAUUUUUGUGCUAUCGUGGAAGCUUAUUUAUAAAAAAUUGAAUUGGAUGCACAUGUGUAAUAAUCACCAAAGAACCAUGUUUAGUAAUUAGUUAUGUGCAACUAUAGUAUUAUUCUCUGUCUUAAUGCACACGCUUACUUUUCAUUUUUUCGCAUCUUAUGUUUUAUGUCCAUGUACAACAAGAAUUUCUUUUUCAAAUCGCUAAAUUAGUUUACAUCUGCAAAUAUUUUUCACUCCAUUGUCAAAUACCGCAAUUGGGCAUUGAAAGAAGCUGUCAAAACAGAAAUACGAAAAGGCCUGUCACUACGUUAUUAGGCCUAUAUGACAUCCGGAUGGCACAUUAUAGAAAUAAAUAUUAAAACAAAUAGAAUAUUUUCGUGCGACAAGUUAAUCAUUUUGAAGUUCGAUAAAUACAUGUAACUAUUCUCAACGCUUGGUGCGUUCAUGAGGCAUUGUCAUUUUUGCUGCUGUUUUAUGACUUUCUCAUAGGUAUGUAAAGUUAGUGUUAAAACACUGUUUAUCGUGUGCUUUGAUAUAUGUAUCAAUUUUCUGUAUAUAAUACGAAUUGAAUAAGCUAUUUAUGGUAGUAAAAGUAUUGUAUAUAUUCGUUGUUAUGAAACAAAUGUGAUGGUGUAUUAUCUAUUAUGAACAAUUAAAGUGGCAAUCAACGUUA